UAUAACGUAGAAACAUUCAGUGCUGGUACAUCGUUGAUGCCAGUAAGUUGAAGACCAACGUUUUGAUAAUGAGCAGGAUUACGUAAAAUUAUAAAUUUAUCGACGAAUGUUGUGCAUGUUAAUAACAACGAAUAAUUUUUUCAAUGAUUCAGAAAAUUAUAAAUUAUUUAAAAAUAUCAACUUUUUAACAGUAAAUCAGCAGCUGCAGCAUGUGGACUCGAUGGACUACGUUUCUCUUUGAGUAUAACAUGGCGGCUGGGUACCGGAACUGCAACCGAAUUGUUGUGGUAGCUUCAGUAGCGAUAGUGACGUUUGCUUACGCCCUGCAAAUCGUGACGGCCGAUCAAGUCAACCCCGUCGACUUGCAGGCCGGAGAUUUCUGCGCGAAAGUGGGAUGCUGCUCUGAGCGUAACGAGAAUUGUUCCGUGCCGAUAUCGGGCACGUUGUGUUAUUGCGAUGAAUUCUGCUACGUCAAUCGCACCGGGUCCGAGGACUGUUGUCCCGACUACAUGUCGUACUGCAAAGUCGAAUUUCUCGCUCCCGAACCGAUAAUAUAUAAACCAAUCCCAGACGACUUGGCCGGAGAUUUCUGCAAGAAAUUGGGAUGCUGCUCUGAGGGGCGUAAUGAGAGUUGCUCCGUGCCAAUAUUGGGCACGUUGUGUUAUUGCGACGAAUUCUGCUACGUCAAUCGCACCGGGUCCGAGGAUUGUUGUCCCGACUUCAUGUCAUACUGCAAAGGCGUCGAACUACCCGCGCCCGAUCCGCUAACCAAUAAACCAAAUUGUACUCAUGGUGAAGUGAUCAAUUGCAAUAAAUGCCGUUGUCAAAAAAUCAAUGGAAAUACGACACAAAUGUGUGACGAAAACGAAUGUCUCAUUGAUCCGUCACUCUUGAAUACGAUUAAAAUCCAAAGUCAUCAAUUUGGGUGGUCGGCCAGAAAUUACAGUGAAUUUUGGGGUAGAACAUAUGACGACGGACUUAAGUGGCGGCUAGGUACACUGCAAUCACCGGAAAAGAUUUUACAAAUUGUACCUUUGAAAGCUGUAUUCCACAAAGAUGAACUAAAGUCGUCUUUCGAUCUACGCAAAGUUUGGGGUGAAAGAAUUACUGAUCCUAUAGAUCAGGGUUGGUGUGGUGCGUCCUGGGCCAUAAGCACUGUUCAAGUGAUCACCGACCGUUUUGUUAUAAUUACUCGAGGACUCAUGGGCGACGCGCUGUCACCAAAACACCUGUUGUCCUGUAACAGUUUUGGCCCACAGCGAGGAUGUGAAGGCGGCCAUUUGAUCACUGCUUGGAAUUGGGUUAGGAAAUUUGGACUCGUCACUGAAGAAUGUAACCCAUGGGAUGGUCAGAUGACAGGUUGUGCAGUGUCCAACAAGAGUAGCAACAAUGAAUUAAUCGUGCCAUGUCCGAGUUCAACCAAAACUGCACAACUCAGACGAGUAGGUCUGAUGUACAGAGUGACCACAGAAGAGGGUAUUAUGAAUGAGAUUAUGAAUUGGGGAUCAGUACAAGCCAUGAUGAAAGUGUCAAAAGAAUUUUUCAUGUAUGAAUCGGGCGUGUACAAAUGUUCAAACGUUACCAAGGGAUCGAAAACAAGAUACCACACUGUACGGAUUGUUGGCUGGGGUGAAGAGCAACAGAAUGGCAAAACAGUAAAGUAUUGGAUCGUUUCAAAUUCAUGGGGACUUUGGUGGGGCGAAAACGGAUACUUCCGGAUACUGAAAGGAACCAACGAGUGUCACAUUGAAGACUUUGUUGUAGCUGCAAUGGCAGACGUCAGCGAUUUCUGUAACAUAGCAGAUCGGUCGUCUAAAGAAAACGCUUCAUACACACUGAAUGGCACCAAAAUUGAUUUUGUUUAAGUAAAUUAAUUAAUUCAUUCAGCGGAUAAAAAAUUAUGGAAAAAAAUUAUUCAUAAUUUCAUAUUUGUUUACAACCAAGUUGGUACUUAAGGUUUAAGCUCCUGAUGCGCUUUCAUAUAAAAUAAUAAGUAAAUCAGGUUAAAAGUAUUUAAAAUAAAUCUAUCGGGUGUAUUCAUACUAAGUAAAUAUAAUACUUAAAUGGUUGACAA